AUGUUUAAUAAAUCUUUUCUUUCUAAUAAAGCAUUAUUAUUAUCUAGUGUUAGAUUUUUUAGAAGAAAACAACCAAAACAAGGAAAACCACCAAUUUUACCACCGUCAAAAAAAGUUUUGUACAAUAUUGUUAAUGUGCCAUGGCAAAAAAAGGAAGUUGUUGAAGAAUUAUUAUGGCGUCGUCAUGUAUAUAAUAAUGCAAUGAUAACAAUGCGUGAAAUUUUUAAACAAGAAGUAGAUAUGAAAGAAAGUGCUGGAGUUGGUUUGGAGGCAUUGCGUGUACAAGAAAAAGAAGAAUUAGAAAACUGUUUAUUAUUAAAUGAGGAAAGAAAUAAAAAAUUAAGAGCUGAAAGAGAGAAACGUGAUGCUGAAGAGUUAAUCAAAACAAAAGAAGAAAUUUUCCAAAAGAUUUGUUCUAUUAUUAAAGAUGAAGAGCAAAAUACAAGUAUAAGAAGGGAGGAAGUUUUACGUUUAAUAGAACAAUCACCUAAUUUCAUAACAAAAGAAAAUCUUGAUGAAAAAUUAGAAGAAGCUCUUAAAAAUCCUGCUUCAUUUGACUAUGCUAUUGAUGUUCAUGGUAAUGUUACCCAAGAUCUACCUAGGUUUAUUUAA